UUGCACCGAUAAUCUUCUCACUCAUCACAACUAUUUUGAUUCAAUCUCUCUCUCUCAUUUGUUGCCUUAUUUGCCUAAAAAAUCUCAACCACCCAACAACCUCUUGCGGGCGCAUCCGUGACGCACACAAUAUUGGGCCGCCGAAACUGAGUAGGUGUUCUAACUCACACGUCAGUUUUGUAUAAAUAUAUGGCGAAAGACGGCUCGUCUCAAACAUCAAGUUGAUUUAGCUACGCAGUCAUGGGAGGAGGCAUGCGAUCGUGGCGGCGCGCUGAGGCCGCCCUCAACCGCGCCUUCGCCGACAGCGCCGCCGGCCGCUACUUCAAGGUCGACGCCCGCGACAGCACCUUCACUAGAGAACUCCGCGCUGGCGUCGCCACCUUCCUUACCAUGGUCUACAUCGUUUCAGUCAACGCCGCCAUCCUCACCGACUCCGGCGGUCCGUGCACCGUCCGGGACUGCACGCCGCUGGCAUCCGCCAACUCCUCCGCCUCCGCCGGUCUGGCACCCGGGCCUGGGUGCAAGUUCGAUGGAAACCCGGGGUACCAGCGAUGCCUGGCGCGGACGAAGAACGACCUCGUGGUGGCCACGGCCGCCGCUGCGGUUGUCGGCAGCUUCGCGAUGGGAGCGGUGGCGAACCUCCCCCUGGCGCUCGCCCCCGGGAUGGGUGCUAAUGCAUACUUCGCGUACAACCUGGUCGGCUUCCAUGGCUCCGGCCGCGUCCCUUACGAAACCGCCCUCGCCGCUGUCUUUCUCGAAGGCUGCAUCUUCCUAGCCCUUUCCCUGCUCGGCCUCCGCUCCCGGAUGGCGCGCCUCAUCCCCCGAUCCAUCCGCCUCGCCUCCGCAGCCGGCAUCGGCCUGUUCCUCGCCUUCACCGGCCUUCAGAAUCAGGUGGGCGUCGGCCUGGUGGGUCCCAGCCCUUCCACCCUCGUCACCCUCACCGCCUGCUCGCGCACCGACCCCGCCACAGGCGAGUGCCUCGGUGGCAUCCUGCACAGCCCGACCUUCUGGCUCGGCGCUGCCGGCUUCCUCCUCUCCGCGAUGUGCCUCGCCCGCGACGUCAAGGGCGGCACCAUCUGCGGCAUCGUCUUCGUCACACUCGUCUCCUGGAUCCGCGGCACCGCCGUCACGGCCUUCCCCGACACCGAGCAGGGGAACUCCAAUUUCGACUACUUCAAGAAGAUAGUCGACUUCCACAUCAUCGAGAGCACCGCCGGGCGGAUCAGCUUCGCCGGGUUCUUCCAGAAGGACGUGUGGCUGGCAGUGGCAACGCUGCUCUACGUCGACAUCCUCGACACGACGGGGUCGAUGUGCUCGAUGGCGGAGUACGGCGGGUUUGCGGACGGCGAGGGCGGGUUCGAGGGAGAGUACCGGGCGUUCGCAGUCGACGCGGGCGCCACCAUCAUGGGGGCGGCGCUGGGUACCACCACCGUGACCACGUACAUCGAGUCCACCGCGGGUCUUCGGGAGGGCGGGCGGACAGGCGUGACGGCGAUCGCAGUGGCCGCGCUUUUCGCCGGCGCGCUCUUCUUCGCGCCGCUGCUCACGAACGUACCGCCGUGGGCGGUGGGGCCGUCGCUGGUGCUCGUGGGGGCGAUGAUGAUGCGGGUGGCGCGCGAGGUGGACUGGGCGGAGGCCAAGGAAGCGAUGCCGGCGUUCCUCACCAUGAUCCUGAUGCCGCUCACCUACUCGAUCGCGUACGGAAUCAUCGCCGGCGUGGGAACGCACAUCGCCCUGCACCUGUUCGACGGCGUUGCGGCGGUCUACGCAUGGGUCCAGACCUACAGGAAGAAUACGUUCACCGAGGAGGCAGCGGAUCACGGCGAUCAGAUUACGGCUACAAAACAGAACAUCGCAGAAACUGCAACAUCUUCCGUUUGACUAAACUUUCCCAAAUCUUAAUUAUCGUUGGUUAAAUUGUUUUUUAUUGACGAUUAAAAUUCUAAGAUCGAAGCUUUGACUGCAAGAGCAUUUCGACUUAAAAAACAUAUAAUUGAUUACAAAACGCACCGAAAGUUCGCUAGUUCUUGAAACAGAAUCAUACAAGUUUGAUCUUGACGUUUUCUCGUCCAUCAUGCAUCAAAAGCAUUGCUCAACAGUUUGGAAGAAGAAUCAGAAAACGUUACCAGAAGAUAGAGACUCACCGUUUCC